AUGGAUGACCUUCGGAGUGUUUUUCGAGAGACCGUUGUUCUUAUUAAAGACGGAUUCUGGUCACAAAGUGGUGCGUUUUUCACUGAAAGAUAUUCAUCUGAAGAUUGGAGUUUCAAUGUUGGUAAUCCUCAUGAAGCUUUCAUGGAUAUUCAAAAAAAUCAUGCAGUAAUAAAGCCGUGUGUAUCGAAAUUUUACAAAUUCAGUAGCGUUACUUUAUUGCCGUCAUUGAGAAAUGAGUUUGUCUUUCUUUUUUAUGUUGCUCUAUUUGGAAUGGAAAGUUUUGGCGUAAAAGGAUUGAAGUGCUUUCUACUUUGCAUAAACGUUCAAUACUCUAAAGAAUUUCUUAGAUUUUUAUGUUCACCCGAAGUCAUAAGUGAAUUGAAAUCAGAUUGGAUUCAUGUAUAUGAAGAAUCAUUUAUUGAUGCACAUUUGUUAAAGCCCCUUGAAAAAUGGAAACCAGUGUUUAUGAAUCUCGAGAAAACGCUUGGUUCGAAACAAAACAAAUUACAACACAAGAAAGUCACAGAAGUUCAACCAUUCAAACUAACUCAACCAAGGCCUCGAUCAAUACUUAUACCAGAAAUAGAAAUUCCAAAAAUGGAAAAGAUGCGUGAACCUCCAAAUUCCACUUAUACUCAACCUCCGGAAGUGUCUUUAUUACUUGUGAAGAAGGAAAAGAAUCGUGAAUAUAUUGAAAAAUUAAAAGCUGAGAGUGAUAGGCUUAAGCCAAGAUGUGCAGAACCAACUGCUAAGAGUGUAAAACAGGUCAAUGCCACAGGUGAUUUAGAUUUAAAUGUCAAUAACUGUGCUAUGAUCACUACAAAAGAAGAAGAUGCAGAUAAUGCAGGAAGUAAUAAAAAGAAGAAAUUGAAGUGUAAAAAUUAUGUAAAUGCAUUAAAUACAUCUACAGUGAUAAAUACAAAUGCUGUUACUAUCCUACGUGAAUGGAAACUCUACUUGGAUAAAGAAAAGGAGCAAAGAAAAAAACUUACUGAACUGGAAUCUGGAGCUUUUACAGAUGCAGCUUAUAUGGCAUGGAAAACAGAAGAAGAGGCUAAAAUUAAAUUGGAUCAAUUAAAACAAGUAGAGCGUAAUCGUUUGAAUGCAAUGAUAAGUCACGAAGCUUCAUCAAUAGCUAAGCAUAACCUUUAUUGUAAACGACGUAAUAAUGUUAAUCAGUUAAAAAAUGAAAAAAAUCAAAAACUUAUGGAAUUAAUGAAAGCAAAGAAAUUGCAACAAGCUACAAUGAACAAAAUAGCUAAAGAAAUUGCCAGUACACAUGAAAAUGCUAAAAUUGCCAAGAAGAAAGUAAUGAAAGAGAAAAGAAAAUUAGCUGCUGAAAUAGUUAAAGAAAGUAAACUUCUGCUUGAUGAAGCUCAUAAAAAAGCUGAGGAAGAAAAGAAAAUGAAAAAGGAAUUGAUCGCGAAAAUUCAAGCUGAAGAAUCAUCAGCAAUAAUGACGAAAUCAUUAAAUAUGAAACAGGUUGAUUUAGCUGAUACUCCCGGAUAUGGUCUGUUAAAUGAAAUGUCUAUCGUUGAAUUGAGAGAACGCCUUGAUCAGUUGAAAUCCAAAAAACAACGUGAAUUAGAAGAGAAAAGAGAUGCUAUACAAAGCCUUAAAGAGCAGAAGACGAAAGUUUUAUGCGAAGCACUCAAUCGAAUCAGUAAGCAUCGUAGUGUGAAAACAGUGGCUGCAGUUGGAGCAACAUUGACUAAUAGGCAAAAUGCAUCCACUAUGAGCAAUCAUAUUUUCACAAAAGAAGAUAUUUAUAAAAGUGAUCCUCUACUUCAACAGAUGAUUGAUCACUUAACUAAACAGAAAGAAGAAAGAUGGAAACAGUUAAAUAGUGAUCACUCACUUGCACUGAGAAAAUAUGCAAAUAAAGGAGUUAAAAGGAGGGAAGAGAAACCUUUCAAAACAUUUUGGGAUGAAAUGGAACGUAGUCGAGAAAUGAAGUCAAGAGUCGAAAUGGGUGCUACACAUCAUCCUUCUGAACAUCUGAUAACAAGUUUAACCGCGUGA